CAGAAGUCUUCUUUCUCCCCAAGGAAGUGGAUCACCUGUAUCUCUGGUUCAAACCGCUAUGAUUCGAUGUGACCCGAGAUUGGCAGAUGGCAUCUUGCAUUAUAUCCAGAUACGUUCACGGAUAUGUGCGCCUCGAGCUGACUUCGUUGUUUACCUUCUUUCGCUGAGGAAUGGGGGCACUCAGGAGAGUUCCGAUAGUAUUUCCUUGAUGGGGAUCAUAGAGGGGAUGCACCGGGGGCCUUUGUUUGUCUCGGCUAACGCGUAGUCUAAGGUGCUUGUCACCAGUUCACCUGGUAUAAAGAUUGUCACAGAAGUUCGAGACUGUAAUUCCGCUAUGUCGGUUGGCGUCGACCCUAUUGUUUUUGCAGCUUCCCUCCUCAUACUCUUCCUCUCAUGGAAGUUGCUCACUAGAACCAAACCGUUCUUACCACCUGGUCCUCGUCCCCUUCCUAUCAUCGGGAAUGCUUUACUUUGGCCGAAUGACAGCCUCGCAUAUCAUUUAGAACCAUGGAGAAAACGAUUUGGGGAUAUCAUUCGACUGGUUGUUCUUGGGAAACCGGUUGUUUUCCUCACGUCGCACAAAGAUGCUUCUGCUCUCUUCGACAAGAGGGGCUCAAUCUAUUCUAAUCGACCACCGCUUACCAUGGUCAGAGAAUGCUGCGAAGCAUCCAGGAUGGUGCCACGCUAUGGUGCGGAGUCUAGAGUUCCGAGGAAAAUGAUGAAGGAAAUCUUGAAACCAAGUUCAUUGGCUGCCUACGAUACUAUACUGAAGGAUGAGAAUCUCAAAUUAUUGACGGGAUUGCUGGAAUCUCCGGAUGAUUUCCCUCACCAACUUCGGCGGAUGUCCACGUCGUUUGUUUUGCGGGUUAUUUAUGGAUACAAGAUGGCAUCCGACGACGAUUACUUUGUUAAACUGGGUGAGAAGGGGGUGCAGAUUUUUGAACGAGCCUGCGUCGGAGCAUGGGCAGUCAAUUUCUUCCCUUCAUUGAGAUUCCUGCCUGGUUGGCUCCCGGGUGUCCAAUUCAAGCGCACCGCCUCUCAGUGGAGGGAAACCCUGAAGGAAUGGAGAGAGGCUCCGUACCAAUUUACAAAAUCUCAGUUGGCAGAGGGUGAAGCUAAUCAUUCAUUUGUCGCGGAUCUACUUGAGUACCGUCAAUUCCUACUUGACGAUGAAGAAUAUGAAGAGGCCGUAAAAUUUGCAGCCGUCACCCUGUAUGGAGGUGGUGCGGACACUUUCGUAGCCUCCAUGUGGAGUUUCAUCCUCGCUAUGACUCUUCAUCCUGAGAUACAGAAGAAGGCUCAGGCUGAAAUUGAUGGAGUCACCCGUGGAGAACGGCUCCCUGACUUCUCAGAUCUGAAAUUCAUGCCAUUUGUUGAAGCUGUCUUUCAAGAGACGUUGCGUUGGGGCUGCCCAGUUACACUCAGUCUUCCCCAUUUUGUUGACGUCGAUGACGAAUAUAAGGGCUAUAUCAUUGAGAAGAAGACAACGAUUGUCGGCUCACUUUGGCACUUCCUCAAUGACACUUCAUUGUACCAAAACCCGGAGCGAUUCGAUCCUACCCGAUUCUCUGAGCGCAAUGAAUGCCUUGCUUCGGCGUUUGCUUUCAGUGUGGGUCGUAGGCGCUGCCCCGCUGCGCAUCUCGCAGAAAAGACAAUAAGACUUAAUAUAGCGCGUGUCCUCGCUACUUUCGAUAUUCGCCCUCCACUGAAUGCAAAAGGGGAUGAAGUAAUGCCGGAGGUUGUGUGGAACAAGGAUGUUAUAAGACAUCCUCAACGUUUCAAUUGUCGGAUUUUGCCUCGUUCUAAAGAUACUCUGAGGCUAAUCCAGCGCGAAUUAGCUGGUAUCGAGAAGUAAUAUUGUAAUCCGAGUUGUACUGCGAUAUACGUGUUCAUGUUUUGCUCCCCUCCCUUGCUCCUUUCUCUCUCAAAAAAUACAGAAGUAGCCUACGUGUUCCUGAGACCGCUCCCUCAUCCAGUUUCUCGCCAACAUGCUAGCGAUCAUGUGUGCAGCUUCAUUCCGACCACACCCACGUUAAGACUGAUAGGCUCCAAUGCUGGGCAUGUAAUCGUACUGCCUCGGGCAUGUUUGCUCACCCCGUUUGAAUGCAGUUCAUACUAUCGUCGCUUUAUGGCCGAGCGUAAAUCUACUGC